GACGUAACCCGGAAGCGUGCACGUGCAAGCGGCCGGCGAGUGUCAUGGCGGCCCUUCGCCUCCUCCGGGCUUCCCGGAUGUGGGCCGGCUGGCGGCUCCGGGUGCUCCCGGUCCCCGAGAGACCUGGAGAACUCUUUAUCCGGGAAUACGCCAAGAAGCCAGCCAUCAAGGGCAAGGGCGGCAAGGGCUUCGUGGCCACCGAGGCACUGAAGGACCCCGAGAUAUGCACAGACCCCGCACAGCUCACCACUCACGCCAUGGGGGUCAACAUCUACAAAGAAGGCGAGGAUGUGGCCCUGAAGCCAGACUCCGAGUACCCUGAGUGGCUGUUCCAGGUAAAUUUGGGUCCCCCCAAAAAGCUGGAGGAACUCGAACCAGAGUCCCGAAAGUACUGGCGACUGUUGCGCAAACAGAACAUCUGGCGUCACAACUGUCUGAGCAAGAACAAGAAGCUGUAGUGAGGAUGGGACGUCUCCCUGGAAACUGCCUGGGCCGGGGCCGGCGAGGGGGCUCGGUGGGGAAAGGGCCGUGCUGCCAAGCUGGAAGUCCUGAGUUCAGUCCCCAGAACUGGAGUGGGGGAAGGAGAGGGCUGACCUGUAACUUGACCUCUGACCCUCACUCACUCUGGCGAGUGCAGGCCACACGCAGAUACCCAUGCACACGCUGAAUAAAUGUGAAAAUAAAGGAGUGAAUAAAGGUG